AUGUUGCUCGCCUUGGAGAAUCUCUUCAGGUACUUGCGCCUCAAGGCGCUCGUCAGCUUUGCUCGCCUUCAUGUGUGGUGGGGCGGUAUGCCCAAAGCCUCGCCAGACUCUGUUUUGCAGAUUCCCUCGAGGACUGGUCGCAGCAUCAAGGGCCAUUUCUACAAAUCGACUUCUUUUACUCCUGGCAUUCCAUCACCCCUCUUGAUCAACUUCCACGGCAGCGGUUUCGUUUUCUCUCUUCACGGCUCGGAUGACUUGUUCUGCCGCAAAGUCUCUACUUCAACCCCUUACUCGGUUCUGGACAUUCAAUACAGCCUAGCCCCUGAGUACCCUUGGCCAGCCUGUCACAACGAUACCGAAGAUGUUGUGAAUUGGAUCCUUGGUCAACCUGACACCUACUCGACUUCUCAAAUUGCCAUUUCUGGUUUCAGCGCGGGUGCAAACAUGGCUUGUGUCGCGGCUGCAUUGGCCUACCCCAAGGAUACAUUCAACACUCUGCUAGCCUUUUACCCACCUACCGAUCUCUCUAUCGAGCCACAGCAAAAGUCAGCUCCAGAAGCAGAUGGCAAAGACGACGAUUCGACUGCAAAGAUGGCAGACUUGUUCAAUGCUUGUUACCUGCGCUUGGACCCCGAUUACGCCGACCCUCGCGUCUCACCUGCUCUUGGACCUGUGGAGAACUAUCCCGAGAACUCCUUGUUUAUCACUUGCGGACGCGACAGUCUUUGUCUGGAAACUGAAGAUCUGGCUAAGCGCGUCCAGGAAAGACACGGAGACAGUGUAGUGCGAAGACGCAUGGAAAAAUGCGGACAUGCAUGGGACAAGCAUGUUGCUCCCGGUUCACACCAGGAACGCAAGCGUGACGAGGCGUACGCAUUGGCAAUUGACAUGCUGAUGAAGACAAAGCAAUGA